UUGGUGUGGACGCAGUGAAUGUGGAUACAUUUCUUCGUAAUUUGUUUUUUUGUAUGAGCUUUCGAUUUAAUUGUUGGAUCAACAUGAAUAUUGUUGGGUAUAUUGUGGCGUUAACCAAUCUACAAGCAUUUGGAGGUCACAAACCUGAUCUAAAAGGUGUAUCCCUGUCAAUAGGAAACUUCACUUCACUGGCAGAAGAACUGAAGAACUACCCAGAAUUUAACAAGGAUGGCUUCCAGAGGAAUCGUAUAUACCGCGUUGGGAACAUGGGAUUGUAUUUAUCGAACAACUUCAGAGACUAUUACCUCCAUGGGAUAGGCAAUCCUGAUGAUGAAGGGACAGUUAUCACGUUUACUUACAAGAAUGGGGACGACGGUGUUGAUGGACCCAUUCUAUCAAACUACACCCUUCUCAUUCGUAAGAAGGAUAUGCCUGAAGAUUUGGUGAAGCCUGUACUUCGAGAUCAUAAUAUACAACAUAAUAUGAAUAUUCGCCACCCUAUAAAUGUAUAAAUUUUUAAAUUAUUAUUUUUUUUAAUUUAAAAAUUCUUAUUUAUAAUGACCCG